GCCAUUUGACAGUUCAUUUGCAGCAAUCCCAAAAACACACCGACCAACAUCGGACCUUCCGGGAGAAAAUGGGUUCGCGAGGUAUUCUGCAAAUUUUCUCACCGAAAAGCUUUGGCCUCCUGAACGGCAGAUUCCCGGGCCGAUCUGCCCCGAUCGGAGUGGCCGUUCCCGGUGUUGCGACGGUGGGUGCGUGCCAUUGCAUCAUCACGAACCAAAGCCCGAUCAGCCGACACUUGUUCACACCGGCAAUCACCUCCACCACCACCGCUGCCGCCGCCGCCAGCAGUAGUGGCCCCUGCCGUCUCCAGCGACCGUCCCCCAGUUCCAGAUGCAGCACACUGCAAAGCACGCGGUCGUUCUACACUUCAAACAUUCUGCACAAAAGCGACUAUUACAGCACGCUCGGUGUGACGAAAAACGCCUCACCAAAGGAAAUCAAGAAGGCGUACUAUCAGCUGGCGAAAAAGUACCACCCCGACACAAACAAGGACGAUCCGAACGCGGGGAAGAAAUUUCAGGAAGUUUCCGAAGCGUACGAGGUUCUGAGCGAUGAAACGAAGCGCCGUGAGUACGACACGUACGGGCAGACGUCCGAGCAGAUGGGCCGUGCGGGCGGUGGACCAGGGCCGGGUGCCGGGCCGCAAGGAUUCUCCCAGAACUGGCAGUUCCGUUCGACCAUCGAUCCGGAGGAGCUGUUCCGCAAGAUCUUCGGCGAUGGGGGCUUUCAGACGGGUUUUGACGAUUACAGCGACUCCAAGUUUGGGUUCGGCGGGGCACAGGAGGUGAUGAUGAAUCUUACCUUUGCCCAGGCGGCCCGGGGCGUCAACAAGGACAUCGACGUGAAUGUGGUCGAUACGUGCCCCAAGUGUACGGGAUCGCGGUGCGAACCGGGCACCAAGCCGGGCAAGUGUCAGUACUGCAAUGGCACUGGGAUGGAAACCAUCUCGACGGGGCCGUUUGUGAUGCGUUCGACGUGCCGCUACUGUCAGGGUACGCGGAUGUACAUCAAAUACCCGUGCCUGGAGUGUGGAGGCAAGGGCCAGACAGUGCAGCGAAAGCGCGUCACCGUACCGGUGCCGGCCGGUAUCGAGGAUGGACAGACGGUGCGGAUGAAUGUGGGCAGCAAGGAGAUUUUCAUUACGUUUAGAGUGGAAAAGAGUCGCUAUUUCCGCCGGGACGGUGCGGAUGUGCACACGGACGCGAAUAUUUCCCUCUCACAGGCAAUACUCGGUGGAACGAUACGCGUGCAGGGUGUGUACGAGGAUCAGACGAUACAAAUUACGCCCGGUACCUCGUCGCACACGCGAAUAACGCUCACCGGGAAGGGACUGAAGCGGGUGAAUAGUUACGGAAGCGGAAAUCAUUAUGUACAUUUGAAGAUUCAAAUUCCAACCAAGCUUUCACCGAAGCAAAAAGCCCUGAUACAGGCGUACGCUGAACUGGAGGACGAUACACCCGGACAGAUAAUGGGUGUAACGUUUAAAACCGACGGUAAGUCCUCCUCUUCGGGCUCAAGCUCUAGCAGCGACUCCUUCACAUCAUCCUCGUCCUCCUCCUCUUCCACCUCAUCCUCCUCCUCCAAUUCAUCCUCCACCUGGUCCUCAUCGAACGUUUCCGACAAGCACACGCAAGGGGCCCGCGAUCAAGAAGGCUACGACACGUACAAGCCGCACGAUCCGACCGACACACACGAGUACCGAAAGGAGCGGUUCGAUUCUCGAUUUUACUACGCGCUCGGUGCACUGCUCGUGAUGGGUUGGUUCGUAUACUACACGCACCAACAGACGAACGCACAGUUCGAACGCGACCGGCUGGAAGCACUCGAACGGCAGCGGGUAGCCCGCGGCGGCUACAAGGACGUCACGCAACCGUUCGAUGAGGCCUAGGCGCCGUGUUCAACACGCAGCCCCAACUAACUUCCAACCAUCCAAGCAAGCAACGAUUGUUAAGUGGUGCUGUGGUGUAGGGAGUAUGCGUUUGUUAUUGGUGAAAUAGGGUCAACAGAAGAAACAGAGUGUUGUUUUGAAUUCGAAACGAAAAAAAAAAACAGGAAAGCAAGCAUAGCUCAAUAAACAACCAAACAACAGCAACCACCCUUAA